ACCGCUUGAUGUGCCGUGAUAGACCGCGACGCGCGCCACUAGCCGACAGUUCGUUCUUCCAAGCCGAGCAGAGCAGCACGUGGCGGGCACAAGUCAAACGCUUAGAAAAUCAGGUCACGAUGAAGGAACUAUUUCUUGUUGUCUCUGCACUUCUUCUGGUGUCGACCAUCGAUGCCCAAACGAGUCAAUCUGGAGACAUUACGACGGCAGCUGUAGUAAAGCAACAGACCAACACAAGCAACGCGACGACAGCACAGCAACCAACACAGCUGCCAAAUACUCCGGCAUCAGACGCUUCGGCACUGGGACGCUCCAUCAUGCUGUCGAUUUUCCUCGGAUUUGUCGCUUUUUUGAUGAAUCAAUGAAAAAAACUGUUGACUAUUCUCUAUUGGCGAGAUAGCGUUGUGUCGUGUUGGGUUGACUGUAUGCCUAGAGAGUCAUUUGUGUUGGACAUAAACUAAAAGGUGCAAAUGCACGCAAAUGAACGUGACUAUUCUCUAUUGACGAGAUAGCGAGUGUUGUGUUAGCUACUGACUGCCUAGUCGUUCGUGCUAGACCCAAAAUAAAAAAGUUGAGUUACAUUAAA